CAUUUCCUCGUUCUUGGUGUGUACACAAACUACGUGGCUUCUCGUUGUGAUUUAGCGUAAGAAGUAACCUUCCUCUCAUUGCUUUACCUUCUGAUUCAUGUGUAUGAAAUUAGAUCCAAUUGACGAGCAGACCGGAUCAUCCAAAUACAGAAGUGGAACAUGACCCGUUCAUGACAACGAGCGAAACAACAACGUUGGUGAUUUCAUAUUCCAAAGAAAUAAGCCACUCGGAAGAGGCUUACAAGAACUACCUGUAAACAUGUUGCCUAGAAGAAGACAAUGUAAAAUUAUCAUAGCCACAUCGCUAUUUUGGAUCUUUGUGGACUUUGUCUUAUUAAUGUACUACACUGCGCCCUGCGUCGGACCUAAAUGUCAACAGCCCACCAACGAGGAUGGAUCGGGCCCCAUCAAGAGGAUUAUUGACAGAGCUAAUAAGUGGAUGAAUGAAUUACCAGAGGAGAGAAAACAAAUGGAGAUACCAAAGCCUGUAAAUUUAGAUGGCCCGGGCGAGAUGGGCAAACCCGUUAUUAUAGAACCGGAGGGGAAAGCGGAGUCUGAGCGGUUAUGGCCCAUCAAUGAAUUCAACUUGAUGGCCAGCGAUAGGAUAGCACUCAACAGAUCAUUGCCUGAUGUUAGGCCCAGAGGUUGUGCCAACAAAGUUUAUCCCAAGAAACUUCCAACCACCAGUGUUAUUUUGGUGUACCACAACGAAGCGAGGAGCACCCUCCUGCGGAACGUUCAUAGUAUCAUCAACCGAUCACCUCACGACCUCCUAGCGGAGAUCAUCCUGGUUGACGAUGCCAGCGAUCAAGAACAUCUAGGAAAAAGCCUGGAGGAUUACAUCGCCAAGCUACCCGUGUCCGUCUACGUUGUGAAGAUGAAGGGCCGCUCUGGUCUGAUCCGAGCCAGGAUGGCAGGGGCAGCCGUGGCCAAGGGACAGGUCCUUACCUUCCUGGACUCUCAUUGUGAGGUGACGGAAGGAUGGUUGGAGCCCAUGCUUGCCAGGAUCGCUGAAGACAGGACGACAUCUGUUUGCCCGGUCAUCGACGUGAUCAGUGAUGACACCUUUCAGUACCAGCACGGUAACGACCCUCAGAUGGGCGGCUUUGGUUGGUCCCUCUUCUUCAAGUGGUUUCCGGUUCCUAAGAGGGAACAGAUCAGGAGGAAAGGAGAUCCAACUGAACCAGUCAGGUCUCCCACAAUGGCCGGUGGUCUGUUUGCCAUAGACAAGAGCUACUUUGAGGAGCUAGGACAGUACGAUCCUGGCUUCAACAUCUGGGGUGGAGAGAAUCUGGAAUUGUCUUUCAAGUUGUGGAUGUGUGGCGGUAAGCUGGAGUUCAUCCCUUGCUCCCACGUGGGCCACGUUUUCCGCAAGAAGUCUCCCUACCACUUCCCCCCUGGCACCAACUACGUCAACAAGAACAACAAGCGACUUGCCGAGGUCUGGCUGGACGAGUACAAGAACUUCUACUACAGGAUAUCGCCCUCUGUGGCCAAGACGGAUCCAGGAGAUAUCUCGGAUCGGUUGAACCUAAGGAAGAGCCUGAGCUGCAAGUCAUUCAAGUGGUAUUUGGAAAACAUCUAUCCGGAAUCAUCAUGGCCAGUCAACUACCAGUUUAUGGGUGAAGUGAGGAACACAGAGGCUCAUGUCUGUCUGGAUACUAUGAUGAAGGAGGCUGGUAAUAAAGUGGGUCUGUAUGGAUGCCAUGGGCAAGGAGGAAACCAGAUUUGGGCCUUUACCAAGAACAACGAGUUGAGGCAUGACGAUCUUUGUCUGGAUGUAGCGCGAGGAGGACCCGUCAUGAUGCUGAGCUGCCAUAUGCAGGGAGGAAAUCAACAUUGGAACUAUGAUGAAAAGUCGAAAGAGAUGAAACACAGCAGUGGCCUGUGCCUUGAUCUGAGCGACAAGUCAAAGGAGGAGCCUAGCGUUCAGGCUUGCAACGGAAAGAAGUCACAAAAAUGGGACCUUAAGACGCUCGACUUGAUAAGUUAAGAGUACCUAAGGCAAAGCAGAGGUGGUAUUUUUUUUUAGUGAUAGCCUUUUCCAAAUGUUGAUUGAAGAACGUGUGAAAGGUUUUGAAUGAGAAACAGUAUGACAUGCUGCUUCUGACAACUGAUUGUGAAUACCUCCUAAAAUCAACACAGGACUUCACACUCAAGGAGGCACCCAAACUUUUAAUGAGAUAUCUAAAUACAAGGAUAUAAAUAUAUCAAUUUUGUUUCUAUCUGAGGUAGACAAUACAAAAGCAUUUUAUGAUUUUUAAUCGAUUUGGAGUUUUCAAUUAACAAUUAUGCGAUAAGUUUUUUCCUGUGAGGUUGAACUGGCAAAAUCGAAGGUAUUUGGUAAUUUUGUGUCCCAUAUUUUACCAAACAUCAUCGAGUUAUGAAAAACAAUCUAUUUUAUGAGUAUCAUCUUUUGGUAAUAUUUGUUCUUAGAUGCUCUAGUAGAGCUACUGUACAUGUAUACAAUCAAUUUAACCCGCAAAUAAAUCAAAUUAUUUGAUGUUUAUGUUGUCUUGAACAAUGGGAUAAAUCUCUACCUUUGAUUUACCCUAAAACAAGCACAUGUGAUGUCUUUUUAUGGAUUCUAGUUUAUUAGACUUGUCGAAUGUCGUCGCGGCAAGGUAAAGAAGAGCAAUAAGGUUUCGUUUUAGACAACAAAUGAUCAGCUGAUGUGACUUAAAUUUUUUGUAGUAUUCUUUUUUGUAUUUUUUUAGAUUAUGAAUAGAAUAUGAAUGCUCUUUAUCCAUCCAUUUUGAGAAAGUUCCAAUUUAUGUUGUUUUGUCUUUAGUCAGGGGUAACUGUAAAACAAGAAUGUUUUGCAACAUCAAACUGUACCACGUUGAAUAAUGAUUGCCAUUUUCACAAUUUUUCUUCUUCUGUGAAUGCAUGUUGCAAUCAUUGUGACUCGAUCUAAUUUUGAUAUUUCACCGCGUGAUACUUUCUUGAAUUCAAACCACUUGUAAAAUUUGCGAAAGUUUCAUGCAUGCCAGAUUUCUUGGUUUUAAGGUAUUUGAUUUCCAUUUCUAUUGGGCGAUUUCUCUGUCUUUGAUAUUCGUUUUUUGUCAUGUGUUUGAUCAUCCGUCGUCAACUUGUUUCAAAAUUUAUUGUAGCAAGUUCAGAAGAAUUUAUGAUUGUACAUACCUGUCGUAGUUACCACCUCUUCAUAAAGGCCACCUUCUUAGAAUGGUCAUGCAGUUUGUCUCCCUUGAGAACGAAGUGUGUGUCAUAGAACCUGUCUAGAAAGGCCACCUGUCUGCAGUGGCCACCUUUUCUGUUUCUUAUGUUAAUGAUGUUUGAUAUCAUUUUUUUGACAAUGUUCGGGAGAUUUCAUAUCAUUCAAAACGUAUAGAGUCUAUCACGCUUUCUUUAGUCACUAGUAUUAUGAACUAGAUUAUACCAGUGUGAGCAAAUUUCAAACAUCAAAAAUCAAAAUGGGUAGAACUAAGACAUAAGAUGUAGAGGAGAGGUGUAUGAAUGCACACUGGUCUUUCUAGAUGUAGAUGUACGUGUAGAAGGAUGAUUUCUUGUGCUUUACAUUGAUUUUAUUCAAAGAAAAUUAUUUAAUGUCUUUCUUAAAUUGGUAGAUACAUAUACAGUUAGAUGUACAUUGUACAGUAUGUUUCUGGUGUUGAACAUUAGUGUGGCAGUGUGUGCGUGGUGGAAGAAAAGAGAUGAUGGUUGUGAUGUGGUAGGUUUUUUUUUAAUAUUUUAUUUUUUAUUGAUUACCGGUAUUAAAAAUCAAACACGCAAUGCUGUUUCGCCGCCCUGUGCCAGAUCUCCUUUUCUUUUUUCACCCAAUACAAGAAUGUGACUCUCAAAAAAUGCUACAAUUACAUGGUUAUUAUUGGCCUGCUAAACUGGUAAUGGUGAAGAAAGGGCAGUGGUAGACUCUUUUAAUAGCUCUAGAUAGGUCUUAUUCUACACAGUAUGUACACAAUUUGUAUAUUUUUUCUGAUCUUUUUCUUUCUAGCCUAAACAUCUUAACCUCAGUCCAACAUUACUUUAGUGCCAUCUCCAUACAUUGAUAAUUUGCAUAGCAUUUUUUAAUGAGUAGCACUCAAAUCAAACUUGAACAUAUAUCACAGAUUCAUCUUGUAUUUUUAUACUCUUUUUCUAUCUCUGUGUUUGGAAAAUAUUAGUACAGUUAUAUGUCAAUUUAUACACAUGUUCAUGAUCAUGCUAAAUUGCAAUUAUAUUGUAAUUAUUGUAUUCUGCGAUUUGUAAUUCUCCAUUUACAUGUAGUUUGUGUUUCCAUUUUUGCCAUAUUUUUUCCCCAUUAUAUUUAUGUUACUAAAUUGCUUUAUUGACCUAAAACUCAUACUUCACAUUAGUACAUUUGCUAUUCUAGUAUUGUUUAUCAUUUCAAGUGCAUUAUGCCUGUAAGAUAUGCAAUCAAACAUCUGCUCCUGUACUUUGAUUUGUAUUUUGAGGUUGCAGGCUAUUAGUUAUGUACAGUAUUUCUUCAUUUCUUAUUAGAAGAUUUUAAGCAAAAAGUGGGGGUCCCACACCAAGUCACUGUGAAUGUUUGAACUGAUAAAUAACUAUUGUCCCAUAGUGGCCAAUUUUGUAAAGGACUAAAUAAAUAAUCCUUUCUUCAUCAAAUUGGCAACACUGCUGUAUUUUUCCCUAAGUGACGAGUGUGACAGAAAAAUUUCACCUGUUUACCUGGGAGAGAUAGGAACGAAGAUUAUGGUUUGUUUUAUUAAAGAUAGUAAACAUUUUGAUUUUAUCAUUGUUGCCAAUUUGAAAAUUCAAAAUAUUUUCACCUCUUUUGAAUAUUCUUGGCAUUACACAAUCUUGUAUGCUGCAAGAAAAUAAAUGUGUACAUGUUGUGUUUGGUCCAGAGUAGAAGUUAGGAUAUAUCGCUUAGUGUACAAACUUGCCUCUGGAGCAGUUGUCACAGAAGUAUGUGCGGUAAACCAAACUAUACCUCGUUUAGGACUUGGUACUGCUUUGUAUUUGCUUUUGUAUAUUUUGAUUAGGAUGAUAUGCCUUUGGGUCCAUAUGCACAAUGGCUGCUCACAUGUUGUUUCCAUUUGUCAAAUGGCAUCCGAGCUGCAAUGUUUUAAACAUAUUUGUCUUUGAUAUCAUUUUUAUGUGGUAAAGCUUGCAUUGAAAGUAGUCUUAUUUAUUUCAUGUUUGGAGUAAGUACUGUUAACCUGUUUAGUGGUUUGCAAACUGUUGUUGCAUGCUUAAGGAGUGAACAGGGACCCGUUUCACAAAGCCUUUAUUCAAUGACAAAUGACAAAAAUCAGUGACAAAUCUGCUGAUAACCAAUCAGAAGCAAGGAUUUCACUAGCUCAUAACAAAAACUAUCAUUUGUCACUGAUGAUGAUGUUUGUGAAAUGGGGCCCAGAUUUAAACUUUCUUGUGUCGGCCUUUGCGCAGUUGGACCAAAGACGUUGAUGAAUGCUUCUGUUAAACUAAUCAACUCAAUGAUACAUGAUUUUAGUGCCUUAGCCAUGUCUGUAUUUGAAUUUUCUUGAACUGCAGAAUUUAAAA